GGUGGCAUGCCUCGGAUGGAAUUCCAUCAUCGUCAUCAUGAAAUGGAACAUUUUCCAAUAUAUCACCGUGCAAUGCACCCGACGACAGCGAUUCUUCAGCCCCUCAUAUCGGUCCAUCUUCAGCAUCAACUCCAAUAUUUUAAAUAUACGGAACCAUUGGAACUAACAGCAGCCCCAUUGGAUCUCAGCCUCAAGAGCCAGACCCCCAUAACACCACCAUGCACUCCUUCACCUGGUAGCAAACGAUCUAAACUUCCCGUAUCUCCAAACACUCCCCCAGAUCUUCCGACUAAAAAAUCCAAGAUACAGAUCACCACUACUACAACAGCAGUUCAUCAAACCAAAAGGACGAAAGCCACAAGAAAACUAAAUUUUGAUGAAGAUACAAGCUCUCCUGUUUCCGGAACGAUUAUAAGGGAGUUAGAUCCGGGUGAGACGCUGGUGGUGCGGAAAGGUGACAUUGAUCCGGCACUUAAUGUCGUUGAAGUUACCGAAGAAGCUAAAGCCGAAUUGGCUAAGAUCGAGAAUCACAUUGGUGAUUACGUUUGCAGAUUGUGUCGUGAAUUGUACGAGGACGCGUUUGGUCUCGCUCAACAUCGAUGUUCCAGGAUUGUCCACGUGGAAUACCGAUGUCCCGAAUGUGAUAAAUUGUUCAAUUGUCCUGCAAACUUGGCGUCGCACAGACGAUGGCACAAACCGAAAACUGAAAAGAUUGCCAAACCACCUGAAGAAUGCACCUUGGAGGAAAGUGGUGAGCAAUUCUCCUGUGACAGUUGCGGCAAAAGAUUCCGGAGGGUGGCGUAUUUGAAGAAACAUCAAAUUGUUCAUCAGCAGGGUGAAUGACAACGGUUGUUCCCGAUUCGGCCUAUUCCUGUGAUACCGCCUCGAUUUUGGAGACCACCGAUACUGCCAUCCAAUGAAAUUGCUUCUUUGAAUAUUUCUAACAGGUAUGCUAAUCCUUCUUGGUUGGACAUUAUUAACUUUUCUAGU